AUGUGGCUGAGGGCCUUGAUGAAGGAACAAGUUCAUUCUGAGGAUCUCUUGAGGCACGCCAUUGAGGCACUCUUUCAGCCAAUGGCGAGCUCUAUCUUGACGGUCAAUGUCCCCGAGUUGAAGUCAACAACUCUAUCACACUCCGGAUGCAACUCGGAAUCUUCAAAGUUCUCGAUCCAUGUUCGCACGAACUCAAUUCAGCAGAGAGAGAUUCCGACCCCUCCACCAUCUUUCAACUGCUAG